UAAAAAAUCAAAUUCUGACAAACAUCACUUUAAUUUAUUCUCUUAUGACUACUUAUAUAUAUUACAACAAUUUCCCACUAUUCUUCUCACCCCAAAUAGAGAAAAAAAAAUAAUAAUUCUUACAAAGAUGGGAGUUUUAUUACUCUCUCUAUUCUUGAUGUUCUUUGUAAGAACAAAUAAUUAUGUGAAUGCCACAAAUUAUUCUAUAGAUGCAAUUAGCAAUAUUGGUUGCAAUAUUUAUAGUGGAAAAUGGAUUUAUGAUUCUUCAUAUCCUAUGUAUGAUUUCUCAAAAUGUCCAUUUAUUGAUAAUCAAUUCAAUUGCAAGAAGUACAAUAGGCCUGAUAAUUUGUACCUCAAAUAUAGAUGGCAACCUUUCUCAUGCAAUCUCCCAAGGUUCAAUGGUUUGUUUUUCUUGGAAAAAUACAAAGGGAAGAAAAUAAUGUUUGUAGGUGACUCAUUGAGUUUGAAUAUGUGGGAGUCAUUGGGUUGCAUGAUUCACUCAUCACUACCAAAUCCUAAAACUUCACUCACAAAGAAAAAUGGAAUUGCUGAAAUUUUAUUCUUGGAUUAUGGAGUUAGUUUGUUAAUGUAUCGUACUCCAUUCUUGGUGGACAUGGUGAAAGAAAAUAUUGGCACUAUUUUGAAGUUGGAUUCCAUUAGUGAUGGCAAUGCUUGGAAAGGAAUGGAUGUAUUGAUAUUCAACUCAUGGCAUUGGUGGAUUCACACUGGCAUUUCUCAACCGUGGGAUUAUAUACAAGAAGGGAGCCAAAUUGUGAAAGACAUGAAUCGUUUGGUUGCUUUCAACAAAGGAAUGAACACAUGGGCUAGAUGGGUUAGUAAAAAUAUUGACCCAUCUAAAACUAAAGUUUUCUUCCAAGGAAUUUCACCCACUCACUAUCAGGGCAAGGAUUGGAAUGAACCAUCAAAAUCAUGCAAAGUAGAAACCCAACCCUUUUUGGACACAAAGUAUCCAGGAGGGACACCACAAGAAGCAAUUGUGGUGAACAAAGUAAUGAAAAAAGUUAAAAACAAAGCCUAUUUGUUGAACAUAACAACACUUUCACAAUAUAGAAAAGAUGCACAUCCAGGAUUUUAUAGUGAUACACAUGGAUCAGAUUGUAGUCAUUGGUGUCUUCCUGGUUUGCCUGAUACUUGGAACCUUCUUCUUUAUACAUCUCUCAUAAGUUAGAAAUCGCGGCGACCAACGAUUUUGAAAGUGUUGUCACGAAAAGAAAGAUGAACUAAAAGUGCUACAUAAUAAUCUUGUCACUAAAGUUUGUGUAAAAUGUUACUUCCCAUAUUGAAAUUUCUCUUCAAGUCGUCACACAAAGUUUCAUUUCUCGUAGUGUAUGUGACAUUAUUUUAUUUAAUUAGGAGAAAAGUAAGUGUUAUGUUGAUUAGGUAUUUCAUUGAGUGAGAAAAUAAGAAGGUUGAUAUUUGAAUUGUAAAGUGUGUAUAACAUCUUUAAGGCAUGAAAGGAUGCCUUAGUUCAUGUUGUAAGAUAAAUUAGCAAUCUAAUAUUUUCUCAAAUAAAAAAAAUAUAAAGUUAUUUCGA